AUGGUGGAGGAGUUAGGGAAAGAGAAGAAACGGAAGGGCCUCCGAUUAGUGUCACGCAAAUCGUCGAGGAAAAUGCUAGGUAAAUGGAAAAAAUUGGAUGACUCCGAUAGGUGUGAUAAGCAGGAUACAUUCCGGGAAGUUGAGCCUCUACGUCAGGUGCUAGGCGUGCCUCUCGAAAUGGCCGUUGAUGUAGAUCCGUCUUUGGAUGGCGUGCCUGUGCCGGCUUUCUUUCGGCAUUCGAUUGACUACGUUGAAACCCACGGUCUUACACUGGAAGGGAUCUAUCGUGUGUCAUGCCCAAAAACGCGCCUUGAUGAACUUGAAAGGAAGGUCAAUGAAGGUGCUUCGUUGAAUUUUGUGGAGGCGCAUGAGGCAGCUGGUCUCAUUAAGAGG